AACUGUGUUUUCGAUUGAUAGUGGCCGAGAAAACAGGAGAGAACACGACCUGAAAUCAUUAUUUUACGGGAUCCGCAAUCCUGUACGACCGUUCGUCGCACCAUAUCGAUUUAUUAGAACACGAACGGUAAUAUCCGUUCUCUGAAAACCGUUCGAUUCGGCGUCCGAAACGGAUUUUGAACAUUUCGUUUGCAACACCCGAGUAGUUUGAACUUGGAUCUUUGCUGGGAAAUCGACCGGGAAUAUGUUUGGGCCUGCAGGGCGUUUUACCCGAGGCUUUUCGGAUUGUUUUUACCGUCCAGGCAACUGUAGAUUAAUUAGUCCUUGUUAAUUUCGUAUUCGGCUACAAAAUAAGAACCGUGUAGAAUGAUUUUGUUUUAAAACUUACAUUUUUCAGAAAAAUUUCAAUAUGGGAAACACGGUGUCGGAAGCUCAAAAGAAUGCACAGACUAUUGUGAAACAAAAUGAAACAAACAACAAUGAAGUACUUAAAAAUCCACAUAACUUUACUAGUACUGUAGGCAAGAGUCCACCUCCCGAAUGCCCAAUGCAUGUCAAAAUGGAAGAAAAAAAACCAGUUGGAUGCGCCGUUGCAGGAAAUCCUGACGAUAUCAAUCCAUUGAAUAUGAUGCCACCCCCUAAUCAAAGACCAGCACCUGAUCAACCAUUUGCAUUACCAGUAGAACGUGAAGUAUCAUCUAUUCCAAAGGCAGAUGGUGAUUUUUGGGUUUAUCCAUCUGCUCAAAUGUUUUGGAAUGCAAUGUUACGUAAAGGAUGGCGUUGGAAGGAUGAUGAUUUAUCACCAAAAGAUAUGGAUGUUAUUAUUAAAAUACAUAACAUAAACAAUGAGCUUGCUUGGCGUGAAGUAUUAAAAUGGGAAGCAUUCCAUGCAAAUGAGUGUUCCAGUCCAAAAUUAAAGAGUUUUGGUGGAAAAGCUAAAGACUAUUCUCCAAGAGCUAGAAUACGAAGUUUGAUGGGAUAUGAAUUACCUUUUGAUAGACAUGACUGGAUUGUAGAUCGUUGUGGUAAAGAAGUGCGUUAUAUUAUUGAUUAUUAUAGCACAGAUAACUCUACAAAUAAAUAUCAAGUAGCCAUUUUGGAUGUAAGACCAGCUUUAGAUUCAUUUGAAGCUUUAUGGGAUCGUACAAAGGCGGCUUAUUGGAGAUGGCGUUUUGAAGCUGAAACGGAAAGAAAUAUAGCCAACAAAAUGGAAGAAUUAAGAAAAACUGAUCAAGCAUAAAUUAAUUGUUUUCAAUUGUAUAGUGUAUAGUAGAUUCCUUAAGUAGAGAUAAUUCUCUGCAAUCAUCCAAAAUUUAAGAUAAAAGUAAACACUAUGGAUACUAAUACAAUAAUGUAUCAGAUUUUGUGACUAUUAUUAUUACUAUUCUGUUUCCUAUUUGAAUUGUUGACAAUGAUUAUAUUAAUUGUAUGUCUUGACAAAAUCUGAACAUAAAUAUAAUUGUUGAUAAUAUUUAAA